UGUUUUGGUUGGACAGAAUUUGGCGUUAAGUAUUCUCAGCCUACACACCUUUCUACUUUUCUUUGUUCACACCCGACAUUUCAAAACAAAUUCGGUUGCUGCAUCUGAUUCUAUUCAAGUAAACUCAAUUCCUUUUUGAUAAUUAUUUAUUUAUUCCACUCCCUCUGACUCUCUUUAUUCUUCGUUUCUAAAUCGCCAACUCCCUACUAACAGAGUCAGAGGUAAUUAUUGACUCCCAAUUCCUGCUGGAAGACCCAAUAAGGUGAGAAAUCAUCAUACCGCCUACCCAUGGCCUAUUCCGCUGCGGAGUACCCGACGAAUUUGCCGAUCCCGAUCGACCUCUUCGUGUCCACAAAACAUGCCGGCCUUACGCGUGACGAUCUCGGGUUCGCAGACGCCUCCGGUCGCAUUGUUUUCAAGGUCAACCGUCAGUCUUCCAAAUCCUCGGCUAAUAAGCUAGUAAUCGUUGACGCCACGGGAAAACCUGUAAUUUCCUUGCACCGUAGCGACAAUGGGUCGUGGAAAGGCUACAGGGGGGACGAUCAGAAGGACUCCAUUUUCACAGUUAGAACGGAUAAAAGUAAAACCGAGUUGGUGGUGUCUCUUGUUAACCCGGCCUCCGAAUUGAAGGUGAAUGGCCAGCCUUCAAUGAAAUCCUGCACCAUCUAUAAAGGCAAUGACAUUGUGGCUCAGACUAGUCUAAUGUACAAGCUUUGUCAGCUGUAUGUUAGUAGGCGUAAAUUUCGACUAACCAUAUUUCCUGGAUCUGUUGAUCAUGCUGUGGUUGCGGCGCUGAUCGUAAUAUUUUUUGAACGAAGAAGAAAAUAGGAUAAGGAAAUGGAUUGCACGUGUACAAUAUUCGCAGGAUCCUUUUUAUGUGAUUCUUGUACUUAAAGCAUCGAACAAGGCUCAUAUAUGUCUUCAGCCGUGAGCUCACGUGUUAGUCUUUGGUAGUAUGAAUGUAACUAACUCUAUGUCACUCUUCCUCUGCUUCUAUAUAUUCGCUUGAAAGGCUCA